AUGCGGGGAAGGAAAGAACGUUACAACACCAUCGGACCAUCAAUCCUCUUCUCAUUCUCUAUCUCUCCCUCCCUACAUUCCUCCUCCAGCCCCCAUCAACUGCAUCAUCGACUGUGGAUGCUGGGAAGAUGGACUUCCCAGCGCCUCGGGCGCAAUCUCGCCAGGACAUCCUGCGUCCGGCCUGGUCCUCGACCACUUGACAGGCCCCUGAGCCGCCGUGUUCCACAGACUCCGCAUCAGGGAAUCGGAGUAAACCAGAAUAUUCCGGGGUCGCGUACCCUAUUCACGUCCGCCAUCCCUCCAAUAUUGGUUCCGCCAGUCCUCUUCGUCGGGCUGUUACUCGGCCUCUGGACCUGGAAAUGCUUUUGGAUCAUUGUCAUGCAGGACAAGCUCCUGUAUCUCUCAUGGCUACCACCGUUCGCACGCUCAGAAUCCGUGCAAGAUUAUGCGGCAGAGUGUAAGCCAGUGCAGUGGGAGGAGAAGCAAAUCCGAAGUCUGGACGGGACGAAGCUGGCCGUCUGCGAAGGCCGCAUGCCGACCCCUCGGCCCCGCGAAAACAGCCCCAAGGAACGUAGGCGGCAAGUAGUGAUCUGCUACUUUCAAGGGAAUGGAGGAUCGACACCGAUGCGCCUGCCGCUGCUUUCUCAACUCCUCCGCACAAUAAAAGACUCCAAAAUCUCUACAUCGUUGGAGGAUGUCGACUAUAUUGUCACAACCUUAUCCUACCGUGGGUAUUGGACCUCCUCCGGUCGGGCAACACAGUCUGGAAUUCAACGCGAUGCCCAGGCAUUCUUGAACUGGGUCACGCAGACCUAUUCAGAGCCAGAUGUCGACCUCCAGGUCAUCCUCUGGGGCCAUAGCCUGGGGUCCGCCGUGGCGAGCACUGCAUUGGCCACAUAUCUAUCGCGGGAUUGCGAAAGGGAAACUGCGACACAAACACAACCACCACUGCGUAUCUCUGGGAUGGUGAUGGAAGCACCAACGUCGAGCAUCAAAGACAUGCUGAUAAGUCUGUACCCGCAGAAGUGGCUGCCCUACCGUUAUCUCUGGCCGUUCUCGUGGAACAACUGGGACAACACCACGGCCAUGAAGCGGAUGGCUCAAUGGAGGGAUCAGAAAAAUCCCGCCGCUGACGAGCAACGACGAGGUAAUACCCCCUUAUGUCGCUGGCGAUCUGCACCGGAGUGGUAG